AUGUUUAUCACAGAAAUCACGGAAGCCCCUUUUCGUGUCAAAAGUCAAGCUUUCGUGCCUGACAAGCGAUGUUCUGGUUGGUACACGACUACCAUUGUUGGAUUCACAGGAUUCAAUGAUUCUCUGAGUUUGGAGACUAACCGAAGCACUCAUAAGCUCCUGACAAGAAAUAUUCAUGACUUUUUGAACAUUUACUACCGCUAUAGGGUUUAUAUCAGCGAUCGAGGGGUUUUGAUUUUCUCAGUUCGAAUGGAAGAUGUCAAUAACAUCAUUGACGACUUGUACUGUUUCAAACUUCAAGCUCCAAAGGCAAAAGAUUUUGAGUGCCUUAAUAUUGCAAUUGAGAACGCACCGUACUACAGAGAAUUGAUGGACGAAUUUGGAGAUAUGAUUCACAAUUAUGAUCUUAAGAAGAACCUCAAUUCCUUUCAUACGACGCAGAGACAGAAGUCGAAAAUAAAUUUUGUGGCAGCGAUGGUCAACUCCAUACUCAAGCGGGUUAUUUUGGACUAUCACAAAAGGGAAGAUCGUGAUGUCUUCAUCAAAAAAGUGGUUCAAGAGUUGAUGGAAAACAUUUGCCCCUGUACCGCUGAUUGUACCUGGAAGUGCUACCAGAACGUUUGGACGUUUGCUGACAUGCUCGAGGCGCUUGGAGCUAGAACCGAACGGCAGCGUCGAGAAGCAUUUGGGCCACUAUACAUCAUGAAUCGGAAAGUUCUGGAAAACCGUCUUCGCCGAGGCCGAGCUGCUUACUUGAAAGCUGUGGCAGAGAAUAUCGGGGACUAUGAGUUUCAAAUUGAAUGGAGACAGCUCGUCGUCAAUGAGAAGACAGACAAUAUGCCGAUUCCAGAUUGGGAUGUGCAGAUGGGCAGAGGACUUUGGCUUUCUCAAUCUACAACUUAUGCUAAUUGGCCAAUCGAAGUCGUAAAAGUUGGAAAAUGUGGAUUCAAAUCAGAUAAACCAGAGCAAACAGAAGAGGAGAUUCGAGAAGAAAUCCGGAGAACCGAUGAGGAGAAUGCUGCUACUGCCAAGAACGACUCUGAUAUGACUGCUGAAAGUGUUAUAGAUCGCCAGGAAGAACAAUCAAGCUCUUUUUCGUCCAAUCUGAAUUCCUCUGAUUGCCAGGAAGGGUCGUCCAGCUCUUUUUCGUCAAAUGUGAAUCCCAGUCCGUCAUCCAGUGGUAAUAUGCAACGAAGGAAAACUAAUUUUAAAAUGAAUUUCCGGAAGCCCUGA